AGAGCCAGGGGACUUGUAACGCCUUCGCCUUAUAAACCGUGACAGCAGCUGUUGGUUUCUAGAGCAAGAGGGGGGCUGCUGGGAAAUGGGAGAACAGGAAUGGCAAUUGUGUGCUAACAUUUAACAGACUGGGAGAAGAGAUGGCUGUAGGAAGCACAUUAUUGCAGACAUUCCACGUCUUGAAGGAAGAUGGCUCAGAGCAGAUGUGUCACUGAGGGCUGAGCCCCUCACACUGUGCAUGUGUCAUAUUUACUUAAAGGCAAAUCCACUCUCAAUGGUUCUUGGAAUCAUAAUGCACCUUAGAAAAAUAACCAAUUUCCGCUUGGACUUGAGCCCCCGUAUGCAUGGGGUGUACAGUGCUGGGGAACUGGUGGAAGGCAAAGUGGUGUUGGAGCUGUGCAAGGAACUACGGGUGUCUGCCCUAGAGGUGUGUGGCAGGGGGCUGGCAACAGUUCACUGGCUGGAGAGUCGUAGUGUUGGCAUGAACACUGUCUACAGCGAUUUCACUUCAUACGAGACCUAUCUACGGAGGCGCGAGCGUCUAAUCAGAGAUAAUGGCACACUUACUGUCCUGCCAGCAGGAAGGCAUGAAUUUCCCUUCAGCUUUCAACUGCCUGAGACCCUAGUAACAUCUUUUGAAGGGAAGCAUGGAAGUGUUCGCUAUUGGGUAAAGGCAAAGUUACAUCGUCCAUGGUGUACAGUCAAGAAAGUCAAAAAGGAGUUCACUGUAAUAGAACCUAUUGAUAUCAACACUCCAGAUCUCUUGGCUCCGCAAGCUGGCAGCAAAGAAAAGAUUGCACAUGCCUGGUACUGCAACUUGGGCCAGGUUUCAGUCACUGCGAAGAUUGAUCGGAAAGGCUAUACUCCAGGUGAAGUUAUUCCCAUCUUUGCUGAGAUUGACAAUGGUACAACACGUGCUGUGGUACCCAAGGCAGCUAUCAUCCAGUCACAGGCAUUCAUUGCUCGUGGUACCAUGAAGCAAAAGAAAUCUGUAGUAGCCACCUUGGCAGGCGAUGCAGUGCCUGCAGGAAAAAGGGAAACUUGGCAUGGACGAGCUCUUAAAAUUCCUCCACUUGGUCCCUCCAUCUUGCAGUGUCGGAUUAUCCGCGUGGAAUAUGCCCUAAAGGUUUAUGUUGAAAUUCCUGGCUCUUCAAACUUGGUUCUGGAGCUGCCAUUGGUGAUUGGCACCAUCCCACUGCACCCAUUUGGAAGCAGAACUUCCAGUGUUGGAAGUCAGUACAGUGUUAAUCUGGAAUGGCUACGUAUGACUGUGCCUGAGCAGCCUGAACCUCCUCCUGAUUAUUCUUCAGUGGUGUCUGAAGAGGAGGCAGAACACAACCUCUCUCCUCCCAUUUCUCCUCAUUCUAGCAUGGACUGUAUACUAGAAGGGCCAUUCUAUGCUUAUAUUCAAGAGUUCAGGAACAGGCCUCCUCCUCUUUACUCUGAGAUUGACCCUAAUCCUCCAACUGCAGACAUCAGACCUCGUUGCAUGACCUGUUGAAGAUGACUGCCAGCAAACUGAAUUACCUGUUUAAACGUCAAGCAGUUGAGCUUAGACUGGAAAAUGUCCCUACCUCCAACUGAGGUUUCAUCUGGGAGAAUUGGCCCAGAGGUGGCGGAAACAGACAUACGCCUGUCUUCCCAUGGAGAAAUAAAGCUUUCCGUGCAAGAAAUGGUUCUGGUGUUCCAGUGCAUCACCAGUUUCUCCCAGAAAUCAGUCUGUGAAGGGAAGAGUAAGCGAGGAAUGAAAGUUCUAACCACUAUUAAAACCUUUGAGUUGCCUUUUAGAACUUCGAAAGAAUUGUACUUUGUAAAUUAAAUUGUCAAAGGUCUGACUUCUCCCAACAUGUUGCAGGCUUUGCUUGUCUGGAGCACAAAACCAAACUGUUAAGGGUUGAGCAUUUCAUACAGCCAAAGUUAAUGUUUACAGUACAGUCAAUCUGGUCCAUACUUUGCUAGCAGGUGCUGAACUGAAGAACGUUAUGUCUUUAAACAUUGUAGAGCAAAUCUGUUUUUUCACUGUAAAUGUUUGCAGUGCGUGCCUAUAACCAAUGAUUGAACCGGGAAACGGUAAAAAAGUUUACUUAUUAUAUGAAAUCUGUUUGACCUGUGGAAUACCUAUAAAUAUAUCUGCCUUAAUUUGUUCUUCCUCACCAUGGAAGCAGUAGCCUGAAUGUCAAAAUCUUGUUCAGUCUCCUCUUAAGGGAGAAAAGGGAUAUAUAUGAAUUGUAUUUAGCUGUUAUUUAACUUGUUACAAUUGUAAUAUAGGAAGAUUUGUAACUUUUUUUUGUUUCAAGCACACUGAUGUAUUCAAUCUGUAAAAUUGCCUUAAUUUUCUUCAGUAUUAAUGAGGGGAGCACUUUGAAAGUGCAUUUGGUGCUCUGUGCCUUUAAUUCUAUUAAGUGACCUUUCAUUUAUAUAUAUUUCAUUUGUAUGUCAGGGCUGUGAAGGUUGAUUUACUCUUGACACUCUGGCUGUUGAGAAAACAUUUCAAUGGGAAAUUUCCAGAUAUUUCCUUACCUUCAAGGUUAAAAAACUUAACUUGUUGCCUUAGGAUGACUGGAUCAUUAAAAAAAAAAAAAAACAAAGUGGAAAACAAAGUGAACAUUCCAGUUGCUGCUUGUGUAAGGGCUGAACGCCUGCUUUAAAUCACAACAAAAUCAGGAGACGUGUGAUUCUUACUGCUGCAACUUUAUUGCUGGAGAUUUUUUUUCCAAUUGAUCUAUGCAGAAGAUGUGGUAUUUUAUGGUUCUUGUUUUCAUUUACACAGUCAAUAUUUUUACUACAUUUGUGAUUGCUUGGCUGCAUUAAAUCUGAUUUAUAUGCAAUUUUAUGUAUGCAAUUUUUUUCAUAAUAAAUAUCUUUGCAUUUA